UGGAAUGGGUGUGGUAGAACAACCCUAAGGACAUCAUAGAUCUAGUAACUGAGACAAGAAGCGAUGGAAGCAAGGCAAGGCAAUGAUGGUGUCAACAAGGCAGGAGAAGGCACGCCGAAGAAGGAGCGGGCGUUCUGGGCCAAUACUGUGGAGCGCAUCAUGCAACGCGCCCUGCCGACGAACCCGCGCGCCAUGAUCCACCGAGACGCCACGGACCUCGUGGACGAGUGUGUGAAAGACUUCAUGGGCAUUGUCGUCAUGGAGUCACACGAGCAGCGCAGGAAGGAGGGCAAGGAUAAGAUGACUGGCCUCCACGUGAUCAAAGCCAUGGAAGAGCUCGGCUUCGACAACUACGUCGGGCCCCUCACUGCGCACCUCCGCCGGUACCGCGAGGUUACGGGCUACGUGGGACACGGCAACAAGCGAGCCACGGCGCCAGGGCAGGCUGCGACGGGGCAGAUGGCGCCACCGCCACAGCCGUCCGACUCCGCGUUGGUUCCACCCCUGGCCGGCAUCACGGUGCAAGGUCAGCUGCCGGCGGCAGAUGUGACAACGGCAACGGAGGAAAUGGCACCACAGCCGUCCGUCGUUAUGUUGGGUGUACCGCCGCCGAACGGCGUCACGGUGCAAGGUCAGGCGCCGCCGGCCGCUGUGACGACGGCUGCGGGGGAUAUGGAGCCAGCAGCACUACUGCUGCUCGGCACUGCGUUGGGUCAGCCACCUCCACAGAAGCGUGCCCGCGGUGCGUCGUCCGAAGAUGCGCGGGCAAGCAGCUCUAGCAUGCUACCUGCCUGUGAUGACGAGUGUUAGCGUACUCCUGCUCUUCGUGCUGGCUAUCGAUGGGAUGGGAAUAUCAGUGAGAGGAUAUUGUAAA